ACGUGGAAGAUCGUCAACAGCCACUACAGUCCGUACAACCACUACGCCGAGCACAACAUGAAGAGAUGGUUCGACGUCCUUCGUGGCUCGGGCGUGCACAUCUGGUUGAACGGCCACACUCACGGCGAGAAGCACGACUACUCUUCGUCGCUGGGCAUUCACUUCAUUGAGAACGGUGCCGGUGGUGGUAUCCAGAAGGAGUCGGCCAGUGGUAUCCCGUCGUACGCGGCUCCGUUCGUCCAGAACAAGUGGAUGUACGGCAGCAACGAGUACGGCUUUAUGUCGCUACAGGCUUCCAAGGCUUGGGUUAAGCUGCAGUACCACACGGCCGACAGAUCGUGGCAGUUUGGCGAGAACUUCCAGAGCACCAAGCAGGGAGGCGUCGAGACCAAGCACUGCUGGUACAUUCCGUCGGACGGCGGCGAGGGCCGUAGAUGCUAAGUUGUCUGGCUUUAGAUGUGUCGUUCGUAGCCACUUGCUGGUUUUUGCCACACAACCAGACAUUUCGCUAAACAGAAAUGAAUCAAAACUUGACUUGAACUUCGUACUGGAA